UCUCCUGUUAUGCGCUGACUUCCUGCUCCCUCCUACUUGACACCUUUGACAGGACCCCCGUUGUCAUUCGGCCUCACCGCCUCUGGGCUUCGCCGACAGCCGCCCGCUUCGCACACUGGCGGAACAUUCUUCGCUGGACCACUGUCAGCCACAUUCGCAUCUGUUCGUCUACCCUCUCUACAACCUAGUCCAUCCUGCAGGCGCAGUGUCAGCCUCCCCUUCCCUCCUUUCAUCGUAACUUAUCCAUUUCGCUGUAAACAUGCCGUUCGGACACGUCCCCGGCCCCCUCCGCACCCUCAAGCUCAAUCGUGCCUCUCGCGCCCUUCUGCUCGUCGGACUGGGGGUUACGCUAUUAUACAUCGGUCUGACACUGACGACAUCCUCUGCGCGUGCACCACACCUGCUUUCGUCCGUCUCUGCCUUCAUGACCUCCCCCCUCAACGGCCCCGCGCCAAACGCCACAGCCUCUGCCUCUGCGCAGAAGCCGAAGCCCACGCAGUAUGACCCGAAGCUGAUUCUUGGUGAAACGCAUAAUACGGAAUACGCCGGCCCACCGGCGGGGUUCAAUGGCACGCGGCGGGCGAACGCGACGUUACUUAUGCUCGCGAGAAACAACGAGCUGGAGAAGGCGAAGCAGAGCGUGCGCGAUCUCGAGGAAAAAUUCAAUCGCCAGUUCGGGUACCCAUGGCUUUUCCUGAACAACGUACCAUUUGACAAGAAAUUCAAGGAGGAGAUGAGCGCGCUCGUGUCGGGUCCGAUUACGUUCGCACUUAUCCCUCCGCAGCACUGGUACCAGCCCGACUGGGUCGACGAGGACAAGGCGAGUCGGAGCAGAGACGCGAUGGUCGAGCAGGAUAUCAUCUAUGCAGGGAGCGUGUCGUACCGGAACAUGUGCCGUUUCAACUCAGGUUUCUUCUACCGCCAUCCGAUUCUGCAGCAGUACAAGUGGUACUGGCGCGUCGAGCCCGACGUCCACUUCCACUGCGUCGUCGACGAGGAUCCGUUCUUGUACAUGGAGGAGCACGACAAGGUCUACGGGUUCACGAUCACGCUGCUCGAGUUUGAGAAGACGAUCCCGACGCUGUGGCCGACGGUGAAGAACUUCAUCGAGGAGAACCCGCAGUACGUCGCGCCCGACAACGCGAUGGGCUACCUGAGCGAGGAUGGGGGCGAGUCGUACAACCUGUGCCAUUUCUGGUCCAACUUCGAGAUCGCAAACAUGGACUUCUGGCGCGGGGAGGCGUACACCGAGUUCUUCGAGUAUCUUGAUGCCAAGGGCGGGUUCUACUACGAGCGCUGGGGCGACGCACCUGUGCAUUCCAUCGCCGCGGCACUCUUCCUGCGGAAGAACCAGAUCCACUUCUUCGACGAGAUUGGGUACGAGCACCACCCGUUCACGCAUUGUCCGCACACACCGGGUAUGAUCAAGAAGAAAAAAUGUACGUGCCGCGGAUGGAGGAGCUUCGACUACCAGGCAUACUCGUGCAUGCGCAAGUGGGAGCGCAUCUUCAGGUAGUCAGGAAAGGAAGGGGCGUGUCGCAGGAUUCGAUGAGGGAGGGUUGAAUGAUGGUGGUUGAGCCACGCCCGUGUCCCGCCCUCCUGGUCCGUGUUCGGGAGUGUUGGUGCGCGCGGAGCGUCCCCGAUUCCGUCCAGAGGCCGCGCAGACCUGCCGUCCAGCGGUGCCGCUCGCCCGGGUCUGAGGAACACGGCCGUAGUGAUUGAGGUCCGCGCUCUGGUUUGGGUGGCUUGGGUUGCGGGCAAUCCGUGAAGCUGCGCCCUAUGGUUGGUGAGCGAGGUGGCGAGUGCUGUUUGGGGCGGGGCUGCCUACGCGGACUCGCGGACUGCGGUAUUUACAUCCACAUACGUAUUCACACAUCUACGUAGCGAGCGAGGGCUGGAAGGCGGCUUUCGCUGACGUUUGCGCAUAUAGCGCAUUCUGCCCAUGUUCUCUCUGGAAUGUAUUUCUAGGCAUUUUGGGUACUUGGAAAGCAGCUCGACAUUC